UCUAAGCAAAUUUAUCGUCCUCUCUCAAAAGAUGGAGCGAGAGAGAGAGAGAGAGAGAGAGAGAGAGAGAGAGAGAAAUGGUUGCCCGCACUCGCAAACGGCACAGACCCAAAACCCCAAGCGAGAAAAUCCUUUUUUUUUUUUUUAGGCAAAUCCAUAAAUGCCCUUCUCUCAUUCACCUUAUAUCAACCCCCCAAAGCUUCCCAUUCUCACUUCCUCGCAAAAAACUUGAACGAUAAACCUCUGGAAAACAAUUUUCAUCGCUUACAUCUACCCCGGAUACUUUCCUCUUCUUAAUCAGAGUCCUAAUCGUUUACUGCACUAUAUGCUUCCUAGAAAGAGAGCAGGUGAAGGAGAGGUUGUAGGAGUGAGUGAAAACAACAAUAACAGCAACAACAUAAACGACGUUUCUGUCACAUCGCCGAUCAAGAAGCAUUGCCCCUGUGACACUGCGGCCCCUGAUUCGACGGCUAAUAACAACACCUUAACCACAGGGAACAAUAGCAGUAACCACACUAGUAGUUGCGUGGUCGAGCCACCGAUCAUGGCUCCCGGCGAUGCAAAUCACAAUGAUAUAGAUGAGGAUCUGCACAGCCGGCAGCUUGCCUUGUAUGGCCGCGAGACUAUGCGGCGGCUUUUUGCCUCCAAUAUCCUCAUCUCUGGGAUGCAGGGCCUCGGUGCUGAAAUUGCAAAGAAUCUCAUUCUUGCUGGUGUCAAGUCUGUGACCUUGCAUGAUGAAGGAGUGGUGGAGUUGUGGGAUUUGUCGAGUAAUUUUGUUUUCUCUGAGAAUGAUGUUGGUAAGAACAGGGCACUUGCUUCUGUUCAGAAGUUGCAGGAGCUAAACAAUGCUGUCGUCAUUUCGACAUUAACAACAAUGUUGACCAAAGAGCAACUUUCUGAUUUCCAGGCUGUUGUAUUCACUGAUAUAAGUCUUGCAAAAGCCCUUGAGUUUAAUGACUACUGCCAUAAUCAUCGGCCUUCCAUUUCCUUCAUCAAGGCUGAAGUAAGAGGCCUUUUUGGUUCUGUCUUCUGUGACUUUGGUCCUGAGUUUACUGUUUUUGAUGUUGAUGGAGAAGAACCACACACGGGUAUAAUUGCAUCCAUCAGCAACGACUACCCUGCCCUAGUAUCAUGUGUUGAUGAUGAAAGGCUCGAGUUUCAGGAUGGGGAUCUUGUGAUAUUCUCUGAAGUUCAGGGAAUGACAGAACUCAAUGAUGGAAAGCCACGGAAGAUUAAAAGUGCAAGGCCAUACUCAUUUACUCUUGAGGAGGACACAACAAAUUUUGGUACGUAUAUGAAAGGUGGCAUUGUCACACAGGUGAAACAGUCCAAGGUUUUGAAUUUCAAGCAAUUGAGAGAAGCUAUUAAAGAUCCGGGUGAUUUUCUUCUGAGUGAUUUCUCAAAGUUUGACCGCCCACCUCUUCUGCACAUAGCAUUUCAAGCACUGGAUAAGUUUAUUUCUGAAUUCGGCUCCUUCCCUGUUGCUGGAUCAGAAGAGGAUGCCCAGAAGCUCACAUCUAUUGCUGCUAACAUCAAUGAGUGCCUUGGAGAGGGAAAAGUGGAAGAUAUUAACCCAAAACUACUGAAGCACUUUGCCUUUGGUGCCAGGGCAGUACUGAAUCCCAUGGCUGCCAUGUUUGGAGGAAUUGUGGGACAAGAGGUUGUCAAAGCAUGUUCUGGAAAAUUUCAUCCUCUUUUUCAGUUCUUCUAUUUUGACUCGGUGGAGUCACUUCCUGCUGAACCUGUGGACCCCAGUGAUUUUAAACCAUUGAAUAGCCGUUAUGAUGCACAAAUAUCAGUGUUUGGCUCCAAGCUUCAGAAGAAGCUGGAGGAUGCAAAAGUGUUUAUAGUUGGAUCUGGCGCCCUAGGUUGUGAGUUCCUGAAAAAUGUAGCAUUGAUGGGUGUUUCCUGUGGUAGUCAGGGCAAGCUAACAAUCACUGAUGAUGAUGUAAUUGAGAAGAGCAACCUCAGCAGGCAGUUUUUGUUCCGUGAUUGGAAUAUUGGGCAUGCCAAAUCAACUGUUGCUGCUUCUGCUGCUGCAUCCAUAAAUCCUCAGCUUAAAAUUGAAGCUUUGCAAAAUCGUGUGGGUCCUGAAACUGAGUGUGUGUUCAAUGAUGCUUUCUGGGAGAACCUAACAGUGGUCAUUAAUGCAUUAGAUAAUGUCAAUGCUAGGCUGUAUGUUGAUCAGAGGUGCUUAUAUUUCCAGAAACCACUUCUUGAAUCAGGAACUCUUGGUGCUAAAUGCAACACCCAGAUGGUGAUUCCUCACCUAACUGAGAACUAUGGAGCUUCAAGAGACCCACCUGAGAAACAAGCUCCCAUGUGCACGGUGCACUCAUUUCCACAUAAUAUUGACCACUGCUUGACAUGGGCUCGAUCUGAGUUUGAGGGCUUGCUUGAGAAAACUCCUGCCGAAGUUAAUGCCUAUCUGUCGAACCCGGUUGAAUAUGCCACUUCAAUGAGAAAUGCUGCUGAUGCUCAGGCUAAGGAUAACUUGGAGCGCAUCCUUGAGUGCCUUGACCGGGAAAAAUGUGAGACAUUCCAGGAUUGUGUCACCUGGGCUCGCCUAAGAUUUGAAGACUAUUUUGUUAACCGGGUGAAGCAGUUAAUAUUUACAUUUCCUGAAGAUGCCGCAACCAGUACCGGGGCUCCCUUCUGGUCUGCUCCAAAGCGAUUCCCACAUCCACUUCAGUUUUCAGCUGCUGAUCCUAGCCAUCUCCACUUUAUUAUGGCAGCAUCUAUACUUAGAGCCGAAACAUUUGCUAUACCAGUCCCUGACCGGGUCAAGAAUUCUAAGAUGUUGGCUGAGGCAGUUGAGAAAGUAAUAGUACCGGAUUUUCUGCCAAAGGAAGGUGUGAAAAUUGAGACAGAUGAGAAGGCUACUAAUCUUUCCACGGCCUCUGUGGAUGAUGCAGCCGUUAUUAAUGAGUUGCUGUUCAAGUUAGAGCUUUGCAGGAACAAUCUGCCAUCAGGAUUCAGGAUGAAACCAAUUCAAUUUGAAAAGGAUGAUGAUACAAACCAUCACAUGGAUCUUAUUGCUGGGCUUGCCAACAUGAGGGCAAGGAACUAUAGCAUUCCCGAGGUGGAUAAGCUUAAAGCUAAGUUUAUUGCUGGAAGAAUCAUACCAGCAAUCGCCACUUCCACAGCUAUGGCGACAGGCCUUGUUUGCCUUGAGUUAUACAAGGUUCUAGAUGGAGCACAUAAAGUGGAGGACUAUCGAAAUACAUUUGCAAACUUAGCACUGCCUUUGUUCUCUAUGGCUGAGCCAGUUCCGCCCAAGGUCUUGAAGCACCGUGACAUGAGCUGGACUGUAUGGGACAGAUGGAUCUUGAGAGAUAAUCCCACUCUGAGGGAACUCAUUCAGUGGCUCAAAGAAAAGGGGUUGAAUGCUUACAGCCUAUCCUAUGGAAGUUGCCUGCUCUUCAACAGCAUGUUCCCAAGACACAAAGAACGAUGGGAUAAGAAGGUGGUGGAUGUGGCUCGGGAAGUUGCCAAGGCAGAAUUGCCUCCGUACCGAUCCCACUUAGAUGUGGUGGUGGCAUGUGAGGAUGAUGAAGACAAUGAUAUUGACAUUCCUCAGAUAUCCAUCUACUACCGCUGAGUUAUUUUCUUUAAUCCGCCUCUGAUCUCACAAUAGGCUUCUAUUAUUCUGGUGUUAUAGCAUACAAAAUGGAUUUACAUUUUGCAAAGACGGUUGCACAUUUCGUGUAAAAUUGAAGUACUUUAGUUGCAGCAUAUGAUAUAAUCUUUUUAUGUUAUUUCUUGGCCAUGCAUGUUUCUAUAUUGUUAUUUUGCAUUAAUGUAACUGGAUUGCUAAAUUAUCAGGAGACACUUUGCACCCAAGUUUUAAGCAUCAAAAAAGAAGAAAAUUUGGAUUCUUGUACAUUAUACAGGUUUGAGGCGUGAGGUCAACCACGGUCGCCUCGCGCCAAUCGAAUCACCUUGUAAACAUCAGUAAUUUUUAUAACGAGUCAAUAAUGUUUAAGCCUUUACCGAAGGAUAGUCUGUCUCGGUACCAACACACUCCUACUCAACUCAGCCCCAGCUGAUUCUU